AAAAUGUAGACCAGAUGGUUUCACCAAGUCUUUUCGAAAACUCUUUCACUUUUAAAGGCACAUCUGACAUACUAUCUGCAACAUUCGUUUAUAGUCACACCGAAUCAGUCGGAGAUAUUUCUAAGAAGUCAUCUCGAUUGAUCAACAGCUUUCCUGCUGAACGUUCUAAAACACCAACUGAUUCACAAGCAAUUCUACCCGUGUCUGAGUCAGGUUCAUUAGUGACAAUCGCACCCUCCAGCACAGUUCUUAAACAUUAUAGUAUGGAGACAGAUUCCAGUGAUACACAGUCGGGCUCAGAAAUCAAACGAACCGUCCAGUACACCUCGGGGUCAAUGGUCUCUCCUGUAACUAGUCAGAUUCCUUCAACGGGAGAAGGCUUGAUUUCAGUCCAUUCGAGCGUCAACCCAAUCGACAUUUCAACCUAUUCCAAUGCUGCCAAGGGGCAAGAAACAUUGUCUCCCAAAGAUGCACUGAACACAAACACCCUUAAAUUCUCUGAACUAAAGACAACUGGAAUCAAAAGCACUGUUCCCUUGACCACUUCUAACGCCCCCACACUGUCCACUAAGCUAGCCCUUGCGACCACACCUCAAAGCACAUACACUGUCCAUUGCGAUCCCCACGGUCCUGGUGAGGCACUGACACCAAACUGCACAACACCAGUCACACAAGAAACGCCUGUAGAGGGAUCCUUCAACGACACACAUGUACUGGAUGAGGUGUGUAUGGCAGAGAUAUACGCAGGACAGAGAUGGGAGCAAACACCCGUAGGUCAUACAGCAGUUACACAAUGUCUUCAAAAUCCGUACGAGAUAAUAACACGACUGUGUUUAUCAUCUCGUCUAUGGGCUGAACCAGACAUUGAAGCGUGCUCCAUACCUCCCAUUGGACAGCAACUUGAUGACCUUUUCCUGCAAGCAGUCGAUGCCCUUCUUCUCAAGGAAAACGUCGAGAAAUGGAGUCAUAUAGCAGGAGCUGGGGAAGAGGUGGUAAAGCUAAUCGAAGCCGUAGAUACAUUUGCAGCUAGGACCUCAGGCAAUGAAUGCCAUCUCAGUCUGAAUCCUACAAGCAGUAUCAAGACAUUCGAAGGGGUCUACCAAAACAUAGUUUUCCUGAAGAUGCAGUUCAAGACGGAGUCAUAUGAAGGUGGCAUAUACUCUGGAGGAGAUGCAGAAAUAGUUGUCAACUCUAACUUCUAUACCUCCAAUGGCAUGCUCAAUGACACAGUGACGUCAGUAAUAGCUUUUUACCCGACCAUUGCUUCUUUGGUAGAAAGGAUAAGAACAGGAUCAGAUCAAAGCGUAUCACAGGUAUACCCAACAAUAGUUACAGCAUCAACCAUCCAUCAGACGACAAGCGACCAUAACAUCCAGUUCACAUCACCAUUCUGCAUGUCUUUUACAAGUGUACUCCAGGACCAGAGCACAAGCUGGCAAUGUGCAUUCAUCACGAGAUCAACGACGGUCUCUCCCCUCCUACCAAUCGGUGUAACCCUGGCAUUCUGGAUUGAUGACUUCGGUGGAGCGAAUGGUCACUGUUGGUUGCAUGAAAACGCACAAAUAUCAGCUAUUGUUGCUACUGCCCUGGUUGCUAUGACGAACAUCUGUUUAUUGAUUGGAUUACAUCCCCACCUUAGAAGAUCUAGAAAAACAUUUCCAAGGGGAUAUUUAAGGACGAAACCUUACAGAAAGGGAAUAAGAUCUGAGAUUCAGUGUAACAUGUUGUGUCUGGUAGUCUUGACCCUAUGCUGGACAUGUGGUCUACUCUUCCUGACCAGGACUACGUCAUCCAUCUUACGAUACAUCUUUAGUGCUUUGGCUAUCACACAGAGUUUGGGAUUCGUCGUAGCUCAUAACUUCGUCUGUUCUCCGAUGAAGACUGCGCUCAAACAUGCGUCGAGAGAAAGCUGGAGGCAGCACAUAGCAGCAUCAGUCCCGACCUCUACGUCUGUUUCUCAGAUUCGACCGGAGAGGGAUAUUGGUAUGAAGCAUCAUGAUGAUCAGACCAGAAGGGAGCAUGGCAGCAAGGGAGAAGAUGCCAUGAGCCGUGUCAAGUCAGAAGUGACUACCAGUGCUAGCUCUGCUUUCAGGUGGCGCAUUGAACACUGGAGAAGACGAACGAACGUGAGCAAUACAGACCAGAGUCGAAGAACCAUGUCUACUUCCAUCGGCACCGACUCGAGACGCCUCGGCAGCAGCUCGACUCAACAGCGGGACCGAAGGGACACCUUGUCCAUCCCCAUUGAGGAAAAUGACCUUGACCUUGAACUCACAAGGUCAUUGUCAAAGGCAACCUCAAGGUCAGGGCAUGUGGGGUAUCAUAUGGGAAGUGUUUGCGGGACGGAGAGAAGUUCCAGGACUGGUAACAUAGUCCUGGAGCACAUGAGACUAGAACCCCUGAAGCGAGUCUCUUUGGUCGGCAACGAGACCCUGAGAGAAGACCAACAUAGAAGAUCUCUGGAUUACCGGCGAAGCUCCAGGAAGAUGUCCUCUACAGAUCGGCCAUCCCUCUACGACGGUACGAUGGACAGCUGGUCUCAGACAGGAAGAUACCAUGGUCCGAACAUCAAUACAAGGAAACAUUCCUCGUUUGGUGUAACCUCACAAAGGAACACAGCAUUGAAUGAUAGCAUGUGUGACCCUUCAUCAAAUCAUAAGAGGAGAUAUAAGAAAAAGUCUGGCAGAAAUACUUCGCGACCACCUAGCCUUUCAUCUGAACAACAGGCUCCACGUAAGGAUGCAGCAAGACAGGAGACUUCGAGAGAACAAUACAGCGCUUCUAGGAACUAUGAACAUCAACUCUGUCCCUGUCCAGAACAAGAGUCAAAGGAAUUAUCUAUGACCUAUCAUCAGCCUAGAGUGGACAGACACAUAGAUGUCUCAGGAGGACCGUCCAAUAUCACCGCCCCAACAAUCUACGGACAACUAUCCCAUCCUUACCCUGGAAGAGAUAUACAGGGGUCAUCUAAGGCAUAUGACCUUCGAGGAAGAGGACACCUAGAUCCUAUAAGGAUCAAGACAACUGAACAAAGUGGUGUCAGUCAAAGAGAGGAAUCAAUGGGUCCGUCGUACAAAGGACGUGAAAGGCAUAUGUAUGAUGAUUUACCAGGGUCAGAAAAUAAACCAAGAGGAGAAGUACCAGCAGGAAGCGAUGAGAGAAGAGCCAGGACAAGACCCAGAAGAAAAAGGAAGAAGAAAUCCCAUCCGUCACAAGGGAGUGGUAAAACCUAAGUCUUUGACGUGUUUUUAGUCUUCGGGAUUCGAUGAGAUUGUUGUAUUUUCUUAUUUUCUUAGAACAACAAAAUGAUGUCAGAAGGCCUGUAUUUGCAAUAACUUAUUGAAAUUGUGUUAAACUAUUGAACUUUUUAAGUGUUGUAUAAUAUGCCUUGUGCAACAGUUGAUUCUGCUAUAAUGGUUCACAUAUAUUAAUUAAUAAAACUAUUGGAUAGAACCUUUCAACAAAGUCUGAAUAUUCUUCAAAGAUACAAUUGUAUUACUUUGAAAUUGUACAUCACAUGUAUUUUGGGGGUUGUGACACAUGUCAUUAUGGUCAUAGAGAGAAGGGCUUUCCGAAUAUUAGAAGUGAAUCUACUCACAUUUGUAAAUGUAAUUUAUAUAUCUGCUAAUGUACAUGUUGUUAUAUAUUUUAUGAUAUUUGUGACAUUCAUAAAGGAGAACUAAUCUUUGAUAGAUUAUCAGACUUUUAUUCACUUUUAGUUUCAAACAUUAUUUCAGUUCUCAAAGUUUUUCCAGUUAUUCUUUCUCAGAUUCAAUCAAAGUAUAUGUUAUUUUUAACGGUCGUUACGGAAUAAUGAAUACUAAUUUUUUUUUUAGCUGAUUGAUCUUAUAAUUAUUCACAUUGGAUUCUUGGUCACUGAACAACAUGCUUUUAUAUAGUAUACAAAGAGACUGCCAAAUGCAGUUUGCAAAAUGUAGAUACUUUAGAUAAAAUCUAAGUCAAUCAAAUACAAUAAUGCGAACCAAAACCAUCAACCAAUCAUUCAAUCAAUCAAGCCAAAAAGGAAAUAAAAACAUCAAUACACUUACCAGCAACCAAGCUUUAACCACUCUAUCACUAAAUCAACUGAUCAAUGAAUAAACCAAUCAAUCAAUUAUCCAA